AUGUCUAAAUCUCCAUAUGAUUACUUCUCACAAGACGAGUGGAACAAUUUGCUGACAAUUUCUCAAAGCCAACCUAAAAUAAAAAAAUUCAACAGAAGAAUCGAUUUAAAUAAAAGUGUUGAAAGAGACAAGAAAAUUUACAAAUACUCUGAAGAAAGGCUGAGAGAGUUAUCAAAGCCAAAAAGAAUGCCAAGCUCGUCUUCUGAUGAAGAAAUCGGACCAGGGACUUAUGAUGCCAGUGAUGAGUUUUUGUCGAACAAACAGAGAAUUCCUACAGUUAAAUUUCCAAAAGCGAAUUUAAGAUUGAAAAAGUCGCCUGAUUCGCCGUCUGCUUUUACGUAUACGCCUAAAGCUGAAAAAGUUAUGCCAAAUCCUCCAGCAACACGAUUUAACAGAGCGAAAGUGAAUAGACUGAUAAAUUUUCAGGAAUAUUUCGACAGAUCUCCAGGGCCAAAAUAUGCAUGAAAACUCCCUGUUACUCCAACUGUAAAAUUUAACCCGAGCAAGACGCCACCACUUUAUCAUACAAAAGAUCCUUCUCCUGCGCCGAAGUGUUUAGAUUCAAGCACACAUAUAUAUUAAAUUAAGAGUUUAACAUUAGAUCACGCAUCACCUGCACAGGUUUCCCGCUAAUCCGAGAGUGUCGUACAUCACGUUGGUACCAAGACUGCAUGACCCCUUGGCUUUGAGCGUUCGGGUUUCGACAACUGCUCUUCCAAGUCUUUGGGCUCGAUAUGGGUUGUCUGCACAGAAAUUUCAAAAAAUGAAAUUUCCGGCCAACUGACGAUCAAAGUUCCAACUCAGAGCCCAAGGAGUAAUUCUUGGCUUCAAGCUCGGGAGUUACCUGAAGGGUCAAACACUGCUAGGCUUCUCCUUUCCAACUUUAAGCCUUCCUUUCUCACGAGGUAAAAUCCAACCCUGCAAAGGGAUUUGGAUCAGACUCUGCACACUGCCGGAAAUACUUACCUGAUAUUGCUGUCCAUUUCUGGGUUGCUAAAUCUUUGCCGGAUAUAAUUAAAUAUGUACUCGAGUUUGCAUUGCCUCCCGCCAUCCUUGGGCCAAGACACCAUAUUUAAUUAUUCUUUAAUUGAAGCACAAAGUUUAAUUUCAGAUUUUGCUCAACAGAGAGGACAAGGAGAGUCUAUUAUCAAGAAAUGAUGGAUCAAGAUAGCCCGGUUCCUGAUCAAUAUAAAACUGAUAGGAGCGUUCUUAAGCCUGUUUAUACUUAUAUGAAAAAUAAGUCUUUUCAAAAAAGAGAUGUUCCAGGAGUUGGAGCUUAUACUCCAGAACCUCAAGGCUCAAAAAAAUUCCUUUAUUCUUUUACAAAAGCUAAAAGGGAUUUAAAUUGGAAAAAAGGUAAAUUAUAUUUAGUGAAAAUUAUUUAUGAACUCAAUAGAUUUCAUUUAUAA